GUAAUAGUUCCAUGGAUAACUUGAACGUGGGAUCACGAUCGGCUCUUUGAUAGCACCUUUAAUUCAAAUGAUAAUAUUGCUGUAGUUUCUUAACUUAUUAUUUAUUACUCGGGUUUAAUAUGAGUGCCAUUAAAAAUGGUUCUAUUGAGGCCUUGAAAAUGCUCAGAGCAUUGCCACGAGUAAGUCUUGCUAACAUUAGAAAUACUGGAGCUCCCAAAAAGUUUGUAAGGGGUCGAGGUCAGCAUGGAGGAGAUAAACAUGGUGCUGGUAAUAAAGGAUCUGGGCAACGACAGAAUUAUAUGAGACUUGGCUUUGAAACUGGAAACAAUCCUUUUUACCUAAGGUUCCCUUAUGAACCGUAUUAUAAAGGCCAUCACUUUAGAAAGCAGUAUCUUCCACUUUCUCUCCUCCAACUGCAAAAGAUGAUUGAUACUAACAGAAUUGAUAUAUCAGAACCGAUUGAUUUGGCUACACUUUGCAACACAGGCCUAUACAAAUUAAGACCAGAGGAAAAACAUUAUGGGGUUCAUUUAACUGAUGAGGGCACUGAUAUUUUUAGUAGUAAAAUAAACAUAGAAGUGCAAUGGGCUAAUGAAGCAACAAUUGCAGCUAUUGAAAGAAACGGUGGUUUUAUCACCACUGGCUUCUUCGACAUUCAUUCUUUGUGGCUUUUGAAAGAUCCUGAAGCAUUUUUCCGAAGAGGACAGCCUAUUCCAAGGCGUAUGCUACCCAGUGAAGACGUUAUUCUUUAUUACUCUAGUCCUGAAAAUCGUGGUUAUUUAGCAGAUCCUGAAAAAAUCAGCUAUGAGAGACUAGUUUUGUCCCAAAAAUUUGGUUAUGAACUCCCAUCCUUGAGUGAAAGUGAUUCUAUGUAUGAUGUUUUGAUGGAAAGAAAAGAUCCACGACAAAUUUUUUAUGGUUUAGAACCAGGAUGGAUUGUCAAUUUAGUUGAAAAAGAAAUAUACAAACCUAAAGAUCAAGAAUUAAUUGAAUAUUAUAAAACAUAAUCUAUUUUCUGUAUAUAUUAUUCUAUUCAUUGUUUUAUAGUAAUAAAUUCUUUUAUUUAU